AUGGGAUGUCAAAACAGGAUAACAAAAAGUCAAAUUAGAUGGUCAUACUCACAAUGUCAACUCAGUCUGUUUCUCUCCUGACGGAUAUAUAUUAGCUUCUGGUAGUAGUGAUAACUUUAUUCGUUUAUGGGAUGUCGAAACAGGAUAAUAAAAAGCCAAAUUAGAUGGCCAUAGCAAUUAUGUAAACUUUAUCUGUUUCUCUCCUGAUGGAAAUACCUUAGCUUCUGGAAGUAGUGAUAAUUCUAUCUGUUUAUGGGAUGUCAAAACAGGAGAACAAAAAGUCAAAUUAGAUGGUCAUACUCACAAUGUCAACUCAGUCUGUUUCUCUCCUGAUGGAUAUGUAUUAGCUUCUGGUAGUAGUGAUAACUCUGUCCGUUUAUGGUAGGUUAAAACAGGAUUUUAAAAAGCGUAAUUCAUUGGGCAUAGUGAUAAUGUUAGAUCAGUCUGUAUUUCUCCUGAUGGAAAUACCUUAGUUUCUGGUAGUAGUGAUAACUCUAUCCGUUUAUGGGAUGUCAAAACAGGAGAACAAAAAGUCAAAUUAGAUGGUCAUAUUCAUAAUGUCAACUCAGUCUGUUUCUCUCCUGACGGAUAUAUAUUAGCUUCUGGUAGUAGUGAUAACUCUAUUCGUUUAUGGGAUACAUAAAAAGGAUAAGAAAUUUAAACAUCUAAUAACAAUUAUAAAGAUAUUUUAACAAAAUUUAAAACAACCUUUUUUUAAAACACUCCUUAAGGUAAAUAUUAUUCUUUCUAAUUUAGUCACCAGAAUUAUAACUUUUCUUCUUAUUACAAAAACACCAAUAUUUUAAGCAUAAGGAGCGUUAAUCAUUUACGGAGAUUUUGUAAAUUUUAAUGGUUACAAUUUAAGAUCAUUAUUUGAAUCUUAAGGUAGCUUAUUUUUGGAAAGCUUAAUCUAAAAGUGA